GAUUAAAUGAGUUUGUAUCAUUAUGAUUAAACAGUUUCUGUCAUGUGUAAUAUAUAGCUUUGAUAUACUUCAUUUGCGAUUAUUUAGUGGAUGGUACUUGAUCCAUCUUAUUGCCUGAAACCUCAUGCUUUUUGUGUUUAUUGUGUACUUGUGCUAUACAUAUUAUGUAUGUGGAUCUUUACAGCAAAGGUUCACAUAAUUGGAAUUGAAGGAUAUGCAUAGUAUUCGUUUAAUUUGUGCAACCUACCGUGAAUUGAUUGAUUUCACUGCAAAUAUGAAAGCAGUAGUUGGGCUAGAUGCAAAACUCUUGCGUGAUGGCUUGCAGAUUAAUUGACUAGAAUACUUAAGCCAUUGCUUAGAAACUAUCUAAAUGAUCGUACACCUGUCUGUAUGUUAAGCAUAUUGAAUGAUGUGAGCAAAUCUGUUGAUGAUAUGGAUGCUGCUUUCCGAUAUGGGGUAGAUCCCAUCAUGUAAUAAGUUGGAACUGCGCAUGUUUAAUGGUGUUAAUGUCCAACUGGCAUGAGGAAAAACUAUGAUUUUGCUUCUCUAUUUUUCUAGGUUCAAAAGUCAAAUUUGGAGGGAUUGCUUCGCAAACAUGUUGAGAUGGCUGCUGAGAUCAAAAAUCUUGAUACAGAUUUGCAGAUGUUAGUUUAUGAAAACUACAAUAAGUUUAUCAGUGCAACAGAUACUAUAAAAAGGAUGAAGAAUAAUAUUGUUGGAAUGGAGGCUAACAUGGAGCAACUUAUUGAAAAGAUUAUGUCUGUGCAAUCCCGAAGUGAUGGAGUGAACACAUCUUUGUUCAAGAAAAGAGAACACAUAGAAAAAUUGCACCGUACUCAAAAUCUUCUGCGCAAAGUUCAAUUCAUUUAUGAUCUUCCAGUCCGACUUGGAAAGUGCAUCAAGGCAGAAGCAUAUGCAGAUGCAGUGCGAUUUUUUACAGGAGCCAAGCCUAUUUUUGAGGCAUAUGGUGACUCAUCCUUUCAAGAUUGCAAGAAAGCAUCUGAGGAGGCCAUGGACCUAGUCAUCCAGAACCUUCAGGCAAAGCUUUAUUCGGAUUCUGAACCUAUUGAAGCGAGAGCAGAAGCGGUUGUGCUUCUUAAACAGCUGAACUUCCCUGUGGACAACUUGAAAGCAAAGCUACUUGAAAAGCUGGAAGACUAUCUUGUGAAAUUCAAGAACGAACCUAAAGUGGUGGAUUCCGAGAAUAACGAACCAUCUGCAGUGGAGAAGUCUCCUGGUCCAGCACCUGUGAAAUCACCUCGUGCAAAUGUGGAUUCCGUUUCCAUUGGCGUAUUUUCUAAAACAGUACGUGCCUAUCUCAUCAUAUUCCCUGAUUCUGAAGGGCGCCUCAUCAAACUUGCAAUAGACCUCUUUACCAAACGCUAUGAGAGUGUACAACAGCAGAUCACAAAAAGAUUAUCAUCAGGAGAUUUACUAAGGAUGCUGAGAGCAAUUUGGGAUGAUAUAACUGUGAUGGAUGAAGUUCUGCCUGAAGCUGCUCUCCCAGUUUAUUCAUUGGAGGCUACUAGUGGCAUUAUCAAAUGGUUUAUCUCUGCUGCAUUCUCCCAUCUUUUGCUUGAAGCCUCAGAAUCUCUCAUCAAAAUCCGGUCUGGGAAAAAGGAAGGUUUACAAGCAUCUCCAUUGCAAUUUGCCUUGGAGAGCAGCAAAAAGGCAGUAAUUCAGGGAAGCAUGGACCUUUUGCUGGAAUUCCGGCAGCUCCUCAAUGACGACCUGGAGUUAUUAGCCAAACUGAGGGAUUUAAUGAUUGACUGGGCACAAGAAGGGUUCCAAAGCUUCUUUCAGAAUCUGGAUAAGCAAUUUCUUUUGCUUUCCGGGAAAAGCAAUUCCAGCAGCCAGGAUGUAAGUGGGAUGGAUUCCAUGCAUGUCGACAAAGUAGACGCAGGACUCAUUCUUGUGCUGGCUCAGGUUUCAGUUUUUAUAGAACAAAGUGCAAUUCCAAGAAUUACAGAGGAGAUAGCUUCUUCUUUCUCUGGAGGUGGUAGCCGAGGUUAUGAGAAUGGUCCAGCAUUUGUACCUGGGGAAAUCUGCAGAUUAUUUCGAUCGGCUGGUGAAAAGUUCUUGCAUCUUUAUAUAAAUCUGAAAACUCAAAAGAUAUCUAUUCUCCUUAAAAAGAGGUUUACUACACCAAACUGGAUAAAGCACAAGGAGCCACGAGAAGUCCAUAUGUUUGUCGACUUGCUAUUUCAAGAGUUGGAAGGCAUAAGAAAUGAAGUAAGCCAAAUUUUGCCUCGUGGAGUUGUUCGAAGGCAUCGCCAUUCUGACAGCACAGGAAGCACUAAUUCUUCUCGAAGUAAUCCACUGCGUGAAGAUAAAUUAAGCCGAUCAAAUACACAGCGCGCUAGAAGCCAACUUCUGGAAAGCCAUCUUGCCAAGUUAUUCGAGCAGAAAAUGGAGAUAUUUACAAAAAUUGAAUAUACACAGGAAUCUGUGAUAUCAACUGCUGUGAAGCUCUGCCUGAAAAGCUUGCAAGAGUUUGUACGGCUCCAAACUUUCAAUCGUAGUGGAUACCAGCAGAUUCAAUUGGACAUUGAAUUCUUGAAGAAGCCUUUGAAAGAAUUUGUUGAUGAUGAUGCAGCCGUUGACUUCCUACUACAAGAGGUAACAAAUGCAGCUCAUGAAAGGUGUCUUGAUCCAAUUCCUUUGGAGGUACCCAUAUUGGACAAGCUUAUAAAUGCAAAACUAGCAAAGACCAGAGAGCAACAUCCGAGCUCUCAAUGAUGGCAAUAUUAAUGCCGGUGGUUACAAACUCAACAUAGAAGGCUGAGGGAUUCUUUUUUGUGUGUUUUGAGUCCCUACAUGUAUUAUUUAUGUGUAUCAGUAAUAUACACUACAGAUGUAACUUUAAUGCUUAUUAGAGUACACACAGGUUUUGUGAGAGAAUUGUGGACAGGAGUUUCUCUCCUUAUUCUUUUUCUUUCGAAGUUGUUGAUGAUGUUUGACUUCGAUCUCUUUUAGCUCCAAUUGACUUUGAGCAAUGUGCGAUAGUUGAGAAUAAGAGAUGGAGAAAAAAGAGAUGAAUCACAACAAGAUAUGAAUACCUGUACAAUUAGAGAAGCUCUCUUUUUCAAUUUUCAAAGUCUUUUUUUUCCCCUCUUCAUGUUGUUACCAAACCAAGUGCUUCAACUUCGAUGGAUGAUUAUGUCAGUUUGUUCCUUUAUAAUGUUUUACUGUAAGAAAGUGUUCGACAGAA